AUGCGCGGACUCAACCGCCAGGGCGAGACGAGGAGCCAGCGUCAAGGCGGCGCAAAGGAGACGCAUGGAGGCUUUGAGGAAGCGGAUAGUUCGCAGGUCCCACCCGUCUCUUCAACGCAGCAGCGCGGAAGGGUGCUCGCGCAGCAGAAUGGCAGCGAGUUCGAGGCAUCACAUGUGGUUGAUGCAGACAAGGGCCCGGGAAGUGGUGACUGA